GGCACGCAGGACCUGUUCGGGUCGGUGCUUUCUGUUAGCGAUCCGUCGGGCUGAACUGCGUGUAGGCACUUGCGUUGGAUGACUUCAUGUGUGGGACUCGUUCGGGCUUCGUCAUUCGAGAGGCUGCGUUGUCAGUGCGUUGAGGUGCGGGUUUCUGUCGGGCAGGUACGCGCCAUGCUGGGGCUGCUGCUGCUGCUCUGCCAGCUCCAGCUGACCGCGUCGAGGUUUCAUCACCGCGCACAGAGGCUGAGCGGCCCGGAGCAGCCCGACGCCACGCAUGUGUUCACAUCAGCAAAGGAGGCCAAUUUAUUCAUUGGACGACAUCUUCUGAACAACAGAUUUGAUUUUGAAGCAUUCACACCUGAUAACCUGGAAAGAGAAUGUAUGGAAGAGCUGUGCAGCUACGAGGAGGCCAGAGAAAUUUUUGAAGACACUGAUAGAACGACACAGUUUUGGAACGACUAUUCAACUACAGGCCCUAGGAUAAAAACAGGUGAUGAAACACUACAAAAAAUAAACAUUACGGGACUUCUAAUCGGUCCAAUUGCUGCUGGAGGAAUGUUAGCCAUACUUGGACUACUUAUCUUCUACUGCUGCAAAGAUAGGUGUAAAUCAAGGCAACCGCCACGGCAUUUGGACCAUGGAAGAAGCAGAAGACGUAGCUCGACUUCCAUCUUCAGAAGGCACGAAGAAAUUUCUUUAAAUCCUCUUCCUCCCAGAACUGAUGAUUCAGGACUACCAACUUACGAGCAAGCGGUCACUUCAGCCGGGCAACAUGACGCGCCACCACCCCCCUACCCGGGGCCCCCAAAAUGGGUACGGGCGUUUAGGAAGUCUAUGUCGCUUCCUGCCCCUUAGCUACAAACCUCCUCCUAAAGGGAGGAGGGAUUAUUGAGGUAUGGCAAACUUUUAAAAAGUUCACUACCUUGCAUAUUGCAAGAUGGUUUACAAAAAUGUGAAAGAUCGUUAGCGCAAGUAGGAGCAAAUCAGGGUCCCCUUUGGGAGAAGUGAACUGUUGCAAAAGCUGCAGAACUAUUCUUUGCACAAGGGUGUUUUGCUAGGAAGAGAGAAUGUAUAAAGAAUAAGUCUUGUACUGCCCCUCUUCCACACGCACUUUGAGCCAUCCCAUCAUAUUAUUGAUGUUUUAUUAAUAGUUUUAUCUUGUUUCUUGAGAAGGAACAUUAUUUUAAUUGGUUUUAUUGACAGUAACCUUUUUUUGGUGACUUAAUACUUUUGGACAUCAUCAUAAAUCUGCUGUGUUGUUGGACAUAAUUUACUGCUGUGUGGAUUUUCUAUUCAUUCUAGUAAUAGAUUUGAGUAUGAAAAUCAUGUAAUGAGUUUAUCUUGCAAGUGUGAAUAUAUUACUGCUUCUGGAUUACAGUGGUUCGUUUUAGACUUUGCUGGUAAACAUUACUUAAUUUGA